UCGCGGGGCUAAAUUUAGAGCUGUGUUCGGGUUACUGAGCAGACAUCAUUUAAAUUUUUUUUUUUUUUUUUUUUUUACCAUUUUCCUUCUUUAUUUCUUCUUACAAACUGCAUCACAAUGAAAUCAGGAUAAUGUCCAUGUAUGCCCCAAAAAUGCCAUGGGCUUUACUAUAACUACAGGGUUGUCAGUUCUAUUCCAGAUUAACACAAUGCGAUUUUUACACUAGGACAAAGUAGCCUAUUUAACUUGUCACAAUUCAUUAAAUAUCGAAACGGAUAUCUGGACAUUUAUGGAUAGUUAUGCAUGAUUCUUUUUUGGAGUUCUCUCGUCUGCAAUAGCACAGCGCCGCCUUGGUGGACCCCUUUCGAAUGCUAAACCCCGGAGCAGAAAGCAAAGGCACACGUAGGCUACUUCCUGGACCAACUGCAGAUAGUUAGACUAACAGUAACUGGAGUUAUACGGAACAGUUAUACAAGUAACGUUAUAUCAAAUGGACCUAAAGAAUCUACGCGAUGUCUACACCAUCUUCUGAAAUGCUGGAAACACCACAUGGCUACCCCUUUGAAGAAAUUGAAUAUGGUGAUAUUGAAGUUGAAGAGGUGGUGGGACGGGGGGCAUUUGGAGUGGUCUGCAAAGCCAAAUGGAGAGGCAAAGACGUUGCCAUCAAGACCAUAGAAAGUGAAUCGGAACGAAAAGCUUUCAUAGUUGAGCUUCGCCAACUUUCUCGUGUAAAUCAUCCUAACAUUGUUAAGCUUUAUGGCUCCUGUAACAAUCCGGUCUGCCUUGUUAUGGAAUACGCUGAAGGAGGAUCUUUGUACAACGUGCUCCAUGGAGCUGAGCCACUGCCUUACUACACUGCCUCCCACGCUAUGAGCUGGUGUCUGCAGUGCUCACAGGGAGUGUCCUAUCUCCAUGGCAUGAAGCCAAAGGCCCUUAUUCACAGAGACCUGAAACCACCAAACUUACUGCUUGUCGCUGGGGGAACUGUCCUGAAGAUAUGCGACUUUGGCACCGCCUGCGACAUUCAGACCCACAUGACCAACAAUAAAGGGAGCGCCGCCUGGAUGGCACCAGAGGUGUUCGAAGGCAACAACUACAGUGAGAAAUGUGAUGUGUUCAGCUGGGGGAUCAUACUUUGGGAGGUGAUCACCCGUAAGAAGCCCUUUGAUGAGAUCGGUGGCCCCGCCUUCCGCAUCAUGUGGGCAGUGCACAACGGUACGAGGCCUCCCCUGAUCAAGAACCUCCCCAAACCCAUUGAGAGUUUGAUGACACGCUGUUGGUCCAAAGACCCGUCUCAGCGCCCGGCCAUGGAGGAGAUUGUGAAGAUCAUGACCCACCUGAUGAAGUACUUUCCAGGAUCUGAUGAACCCCUGCAGUACCCAUACCAGUAUUCAGAUGACGGACAGUGUAACUCAGCCACCAGCACAGGGUCCUACUUGGACUACACCUCCAACAGCAAUAAAAGUGAUGGAAACUUGGAGCAGGGGAGAAAUGACACCAUCAAGACCAUGGAGACCAAGUUUGCACCUCACUUCAAACCGAAGGGGGAGACGGUGCGCCCAGGUCUCCCUCUGUCCAGGGGAAGCAGUGUGGAGAGCCUGUCUGGACGGACGCUGGUCCUGGCCCCCUGCGAAGGGAAGCGAAUGAGCGCUGACUUGUCAGAGCUGGAGUACCGCGGCACGCUGGGACCUGCAGCACGACCCCCAUACAAACGGGGGCAUCGUAAAACAGCCUCGUUUGGCACCGUACCAGAGGUCCCCAAGUUCCUGUUCACAGCCACAUGCAGCUGUGAGAGACGCAGAUCUGUGCAGGAUCUGCCAGGGCUCGGGACCGAAUCCAGUCAGGGGAGCAGGGGCAGCAGCAGGUCCUCCAGCCCGAGUGCCAGGAUGAUCACGGCAGACAAGGCUGGCCGCGGCUACAGCUUCUCCCCAGACGACCCCACGGAUACUGGUGGUUCAGACAACUCCAUUCCCAUGGCUUACCUGACCCUGGACCACCAACUGCAGCCUCUUGCACCCUGUCCCAACUCCAAAGAGUCCAUGGCUGUGUUUGAACAGCACUGCAAAAUGGCACAGGAGUACCUGAAAGUACAGACGGAAAUAGCCUUGCUCUUCCAGAGAAAGAAGGAGCUGAUAGCCGAGCUGGACCGAGACGAGAAGGACCAGCAGAACACUUCCCGCCUGGUCCAGGAGCACAAGAAACUGACGGAGGAGAACAAGAGCCUGUCCACCUGCUUCCACGAGUGCAAGAAACGGCUGGAGCUGAUCCGCACCCAGCAGCAGAAGAGACAGGGCACCUCCUGAUGGAGGCGGGGCACCUCCUAACAAUGGGGGGAGGGGGGGGGUGGGGGAUGUGGGUGGGAUAGGGUACCUCUCAAUGUGGCCAGGCCCUCAGAGCUGCAGGCCUUGCCUAUGUCAGUUUAGGAAGUCUCCAAAACCAUGCCAGUAACCCAUGCCUCUUUCUUUGUACUUUUCACCCAACGGUCUUGUGACAAUCUUGUUUAGGUGCACAGUUGGUCCUGGUUUUCUUUGAUUUUGUUUGGCACAAGCAUGGCAGAUCGAGGAUGGAAGGGUUGUGAUGGUUGGUGGUGGGGUGGUCCGAUCAUUACCACUAGCGACCGUAACACACAAAGAACACAUCUGCCCAAAUCGGAGAGUGUUUAGGAACGUCUGUUGACAGCUCGAGGUACUGCAUGAGCAGGGUCCCCUUCCAUUGGGGGUCAAGAACC